AUGGAAAGUGGUUUGGAGAAUCUUUCAUUAGAGGAACAAAAGGAAUUAAAAGAAAAACAAGAGCAAGAGGAUAUUAAUAAUAGUUAUAAUAAUAGUACCACCAAUACAAAAAGUGAAUUAAAUAAACAAAUGGAAAUUUUAAAAAAUAAUAAUAUUGAUGGGAAUGAUAGCAAUGUAAAUAGUGAAUAUACAACCGACAGUAUUAAUAAUAAAGAUAAUAAUAGCAACAGUAACAUCAGCAGUAAUGAAAAUACAAGUAAUGAUACUUUAUCAGAAAUCGAUUCAUUACCAUCAUCACCAAGUAUUAGGUCAUCUGGUGUAUUUAGUGCAUCAUCAUCAUCAUCAUUUUCGAAUUUAGGUGCAUUGGUAUCUCCAGGAGGCCAAGCUAAACUACAACAGCAGCAAAAGAGAAAAGUUAUAGAGGGUGAAUUGGUUAAGCGUGGUCAUAUAUUUCCAAGUUGGCGAACAAGAUGGUUUAAAAUAGAAAAUGGAUAUUUAUUAUAUUUUAAGAGUAAAGAAGAGCCUGAACCAAUAGAUAGAGUACCCCUAAGAGGUUCAAGAGUUUCAAAAAAGCCUUUUCAUGAUAGGCCAAAUACUUUUGAAUUAUUUGCAACAACAAUGAGAAAAGUGUUUUUAUUACAAGCCAAGGAUGUAGAUGACUUGGAUUUUUGGAUUGACGAAAUUAUUAAAGAGAUUGAAUAUACUAGAAGUUUAUAUUCAAGAACAAUUCAAACUUAA